GGCAACCGGAUCACCACCGUCCGUCCGCGCCCGCGACCAACGCACGGCCCUUGCUCUUCGCACCAGUCAGUCGCACCCCCGCACACUCCGAUUCGAGUCGCCGCCCUCGCCGCCGUUCCGCCGAGCACCUCACUCCCGCACACCGCAAUGGCCUCCUCCCUCGCCGCGCGCCGCCUCCUCUCCCGCGCCGCCGCAGCGCGCCGCCUCGCCCUCCCCUCCGCCUCCGCUCCCGCCCCCGCGGUAGCUCCCCGCCGUUUCUCCGCCGACGCGGGGCCGCCUCCGCCGACGCAGACGCUCCCGCCGCCUCCGCUGGAGCCCGCUGCCGAGCCGCCCAGAUCGGAGGGCACCGGCGCCUCGUCCUCGUCCUCGUCGUCCACCACCGCCGGUGCCGGAGGGGCCCACAGGUCGUCGCCGGGAGCCGCGGCUGGGACGCGGCGCCAGGGCGGUACGGGCUACCAGGAGGAGCAGGAGAAGGUCCUCCGCGCGUCGCUGCUCCACGUGCCGCGCAUGGGGUGGAGCGAGUCGGCCAUGGUCGCUGGUGCCAGGGACGUCGGCAUUUCGCCGGCCAUUGUGGGCGCCUUCCCAAGGAAGGAGGCCGCCCUUGUUGAGUUUUUCAUGGAUGACUGCCUUCAACAACUGAUGGAUCGCAUUGAUGCUGGCGAAGGAGAGCAGUUGAAGAACUUAAUACUGAGUGAGAGGCUCGCAAAACUUGUUCGGAUGAGGCUGGAGAUGCAGGCACCUUAUAUAUCAAAGUGGCCUCAAGCACUGAGUAUCCAGUCUCAACCAGCAAACGUCUCAACAAGCUUGAAGCAGCGAGCUGUCCUGGUUGAUGAGAUUUGGCAUGCAGCUGGAGAUGCUGGAUCAGAUAUUGAUUGGUAUGUUAAGCGUACUGUGCUUGGUGGUAUCUACUCAACCUCUGAGGUGUAUAUGUUGACGGACAAUUCUCCAGAGUUUCGCGAUACGUGGACGUUUGUGAACCGCCGUAUCAAGGAUGCUCUUGAUCUGCAGAAAACCUUCCAAGAGGCUGCGUACCUAGCUGAAGCCGUGGGAGCAGGCAUGGGCGGCACCGUGCAGGGUGUCCUGAACCGAGUCUUCCAGAACCGAGGUUCAUGAACUGGAGGAGUUCUGCAGGAUGCAUCGACUACUUUUACAUUCUCAAAUGUCUCUCCGAUCCACAAGCGCCUUUUUCGUUCUCCAGUUGGCAUGUUGUUUAAUAAAGCGAAUUGUGCUGUGGUUCCAUAUCACGUUAGGGUUUGGUGACAGUGUAUAUAAUAACCCUAGGUUCAUUUCAAAUGAACGCUGCCAGAUCUUGUGGUCC